UGAUUUGAUUAGCGACAUUUAUUCCCGUGCAUCAUAUUAUUAUGUCGUUCGAAGUGAUUUCAUUUUCAAAGUGCGAUCUCGGCACGAAUUCAAACUGGCUCACAGUAAAUCACGAGCACUGCUUGAACUCGCAUCGGACGAGUGUAAAUUCAGAGCAUAUCUUUGGGGAAAAUUUCGUGACUCGGCACAGACAUGUCACAUUCGGCAGAGAUUAGCGAAGACGCUCUUUUGACCUGGCAAAAAUUCCCCACACAAAUCCGUAACGACUGGAUUUUUACGGCAUUUCGAGAGGAAUUUGAUCGGAUUCAAGAAACCGAUACAUUCUCGGCCAAAGGUGAACUGUUGCACCAGAAAGAUGGCAAAAAGGUAGAGUCAAAGACGAUGAACAAAUUUGACCUGAUGAAAUACAUUGUGUUCUCGGCGAUUUGGGUAUUUAUCGCAUGGAAUUUACUGACUGUCAAAGAGAAGAAUCUAACAGAAUACGAAAUUGUGUUGGAGCCACACAAAACUAAAGAUCGUUCAUCGAACAUUGGCCGCUUUGUUGGCCGCAUUCGCAUCGAUUGGAACGCUAUCAGCCUUUCAGGAUCGACCAACUAUGGACAACAUUAUCAAGUGGAUUGA